UUUCAUGUUGGGGGUUGGGGGUGGAGGCGAGGGCGCUGCCUCUAAGUCGCCUCCAGCUGAUGUCAGUGACGGCGAUCGGAGCAGCCGCACGCACGGAGCAGCUCGCGGACUGUGCUCGUUAAAUGGCAGCUACGGGACCCUGGUUUCGUUCCAGCUCCGAGUGAAGGGAAACACGCGGGGAUCAGCGAUCGAGCAGAUAAAAGGCCUGGGGGAGUUUGCAUUUACUAGCGGUUCAUUGGGACUUGAAUGUGAUGUGAGGCCUAACAAGGACUUUAUGUUGCAGCCAUGGCCACUGAGGGGACCGCGUCCAACAGCUGCUACUACGGCCACAACGUCACCUUCUUCUACAACCACGUGGGGAAGGAGCUGAGCGCCGGGUGGAGCCCCCGCGACAUCGCGGUGAUCGCGCUGGGCCUGACGCUGUCCGUCAUCGUCAUCCUGGCCAACCUGCUGGUGAUGGUGGCCAUCUUCGUCAACCGCCGCUUCCACUUCCCGAUCUACUACCUCCUGGGCAACAUGGCGGCGGCGGACCUGUUCGCCGGCGUGGCCUACGCCAACCUGAUGAUGAACACGGGCCCCAGGACCGGCACGCUCAGCAAGGAGCAGUGGUACGUGCGCGGCGCUCUGAUCGACAUCAGCCUGACGGCGUCCGUGGCCAACCUGCUGGCCGUGGCCAUGGAGCGCCACCAGACCAUCCUGACCAUGCAGCUGCACAGCCAGAUGAGCAAGCGGCGCGUGGUGCUGCUGAUCGCGGGCAUCUGGGCCGUGAGCGUCUUCAUGGGCCUCGUGCCCUCCACGUUCUGGAACUGCGAGUGCCGCCUGGAGGUCUGCUCCUCGGUGGCGCCGCUCUACAGCCGCCGCUUCCUCGUCUUCUGGGCGCUCUUCAACCUGCUCACGUUCUUCAUCAUGAUGGCCAUGUACACGCGCAUCUUCGUGCACGUGAGGCACCAGAGCCGGCUCGUCUCCCAGCACACGUCGGAGAUGUGGCACAACGAGGCCGUGGUCAACCUGAUGAAGAUCACCUGCAUUGUUCUGGGCGCCUUUGUAAUGUGCUGGACUCCCGGCCUCGUGACCCUGCUGCUGGACGGGCUGCUGGGUAAAGCCAGCCGGGCCAACGACUACGAGAAGUACUGCCUGGUGAUAGCCGAGUGCAACUCGCUGGUCAACCCCAUCAUCUACUCCCUGAGGGACGGCGAGAUGCGGAGCACGUUCAAGUGCAUCCUGUGCUGUCUGUGCCUGAGACGAGCUGAUGGGACGACGAAGUCCCCGUCCCUCGAGUUUGAGCAACGAUUAGCAGAGGAAGGUCAAAGGAAGUCAGAGGAUCAGGCCUUGUGUUUGUCUGAGGAAACCAGCGAUAAAGAAGACACACCUACGGUGACACCUUGUCUGUCACCAAACAGGACACAUUGAGGAUUUGUUUUCAAGCUACUCAGAACUGCCUCAGGGAUUUAACGCGAUGUCCCCCAUCAGCCUUCCUCUGGCUGAACAAGCUGGAUAAGUAACAGUCAUAUUUCUAAAUUGAAUUUAAAAAUGUACAGUGAUCUAUUAAAAUGUAAAAAGAC